AUGUGACUAGUGGUCAUACGUCAUUUUAUCUACACAUUGACAAAAACGCCCAAUUAUUUUUUAACUUACACCUUUUACUCCAUUCACUUAAAUUUGUCCAUAAUAAAAUCAAUAAAAUUGAAAAAUAAACUUUACACAAAAUUAAUACUCUACAGUAUAAAUUAUCUAAUUUAUCAAUUAAACAAUAAUAUAUAUAAUAAAUAAUACAAAAAUCUAAAAUGGGUGCCUCAGCUCUUCCCGUUUGUAUUUUUACUUUAUUUUGGGGUGUAAUUGGAAUCGUGUUACCAUUCUUUGUACCCAAAGGUCCUAAUCGUGGGAUUCUACAAGUUAUUUUAAUGCUGACUGCAUUUUCAUGCUGGUUAUUCUGGUUAUGCUGCUACAUGGCUCAGAUGAAUCCACUAAUUGGUCCCAAAUUGUCUAAUGCCACAUUAUUGCUUAUGUCACGUGAAUGGAAUGGGAAAACCAUCGAGAUUUGAAUGUUUUAAUAAAAAUAUAAUUUAAAAAAAUUAUAAGAUAUAUUUAAUCUAAUGAUAAUAACAAUUAUUAUUAUUAUGAAGUAUUUUCGUGUAAAUAAUUUAAGAUAGCAAAGUUAAAAAUAAUAUAUUAAAUAUCAUUCCGUUAAUGAACAAUAAUGAAUUGUACAAUUUAUUUUUUUUUUUUUUUU